AUGCAAAAAAUAGAAGAGGUCGUCGUGCAUCCUUUAGUCCUUUUAUCCGUCGUCGAUCAUUUCAACAGAGUUGCCAAAGAGAUGAGCAAUAAAAGAGUUGCUGGAGUCCUAUUAGGCGAAGUCUGGAAAGGCCGCCUUGAUGUUUCAAACUCAUUCGCAGUUCCCUUUGAAGAAGACUCCCAAGACGCCAAAGUGUGGUUUUUGGAUCACAAUUAUCUCGAUGAAAUGUUUGGAAUGUAUAAGAGAAUCAACGCUCGUGAAAAAAUUGUAGGCUGGUAUAGCACCGGGCCAGGCGUAAAAGCACCUGACAUCCAAAUAAAUGAAAGCUUCAAGCAAUACGUGCCAAAUCCUAUAUUAGUUGUCAUAGAUGUGAAAGCUGCAGAAACUUUGGAACUUCCUGCGCAGGCAUAUUAUUCUAAAGAAGAUGUGAAUGAGGAUGGAAAUAUUGUGAAGAAUUUCGUUCAUGUGCCUACAAUGCUAGGAGCUUCAGAAGCAGAAGAUGUAGGAGUUGAACAUUUGCUGAGAGAUGUUAGAGAUGUAGCUGCAACUAUUGUUUAUUUACAGCUAUAGAUAGCUAUGGACCUUCAAUUUACCAGUUAAAACUGAUUUCUCUCUAUAUCUGCUAUUAAAAGCUGCUAUAUGUUAUCUAAUUUUAUUUUUUAAAAAAUUGGCUAACCUAAAAUGUGUCUAUAGCAAUUCAAAUAGAUUUAAGAGCUAUAGCUUAGCUACAGAAACUCAGCAUAAAAUAGCAGCUCUUAAAGCAAUGUUAAGCAGACUUACAGAAAUCCAAGAUUAUCUUCAAGAAGUUCUUGAUGGGCGCAAAGCGAAUAAUGAAAUUUUCCACAAGCUUCAAGAAGUUCUAAAUCUUUUGCCAAAUACAAGCGUGUUGAAUCAAGCAUUUGCAGUUGAUGAGAAUAAUAGCUAUCUAUCGCUUUAUUUGGCUUCAAUUACAAGAACUGUGCUUUCUUUGCACUCAUUAAUUACCAAUAAGACUAAGAAAUAG